GCAACUACCAUUCCAUUUCCACCAAUCAGCUUCCCCUUCAUCCCCAAAAUAAAUCCUAAAUUUCUGGGGAUUUCGGGAGUCUAUUUUCUGAUUGGGAAGAUAUUUGCAGACGAUCUCAAUUGGAAACCAGUUGAAUCCUGUGAAGUUCAAUACAAGGGGGCCUACAGCAAUCUCAGCACCGCUUCUCUCUCACUAACACUCGCUUCCUUAUCCCUUUCGCACCUCUCCUCUCUCUUCCUUGGAUUUUGUUUGCGUACUCGCACACCGCACACUUCUUUCGUCUCUAUCGCCCUGCCCUUACUUCUCACGCUAAUUGGACAUCAUUAAUUAAUUUCUUUUCUUUUCUUUUCUUUUCUUUUCUGGUAUAUGUAACUCCUCCUUAUCCAAAACCUGUUCUCUUUCGAUAUUUCCUUUCUAAUUUUGCCCUCCCGCCCCAAUCGGGCUGGAUUUCUGCCUAACUCAAUCCUCUUCUUCAAGAACUUAAAGGCUAAAUAUCUGCACGAUUGAAUCGAGGGAAUCUGCUUCUUAUCCACUUCUUUUUCGCGUUUGCCGUUAAUGGCGUUAAUUUCUGCUUUUCUUGAGAUUUUGCAAAAGCCCACAAUUGGUGAUGUUGUGCUUGAGCUAAUGGCGUUCGCGACGCCCAUCUGGGCGGCCAUCGUCGUCGGCGUUUUGCUGGGAUGGGCGUGGAAGCCCAAUUGGGCUAAUCUGAGUGUAGGAUUUCUUGAUUCCGCCGCUGCGAGCGGCGGAGAGGUGAAGAAAUCAGCGGCGGCGCUGUCGCAAUUCGUUGCUUCAGUCCCCAGCUUGAGCUCAUUGAAGCGGCAUUUCUCGCUUGAGGCUGCAAACUCAUCCGAGUCUCCAAUUCCGUGCUUUGAAUACAGUUCAUCAAGGCUGGAGAGUGAGAAAACGAGUGCUGUGAAUGAGGAUGAUCUCAAGCAUUUUCACAAGCUUGUUGAGGAGAAAGAUGGUGGGCCUGUUUGGAUCCAGAUGAUGGAUAGGUCCACUCCCAACAUGAGCUACCAAGCUUGGAAAAGAGAUCUUGAGACUGGACCUCCACAAUAUCGUAGUAGAACUAUUUAUGAAGAUGCCACCCCUGAAAUGUUGAAAGAUUUCUUCUGGGACGACGAAUUCAGAGCGAAAUGGGAUGAUAUGCUCGUGCACGCUGAAACUCUUGAGGAAUGCCACACAACUGGGACAAUGGUGGUUCAGUGGGUACGCAAGUUUCCCUUCUUUUGUAGUGACAGAGAGUACAUCAUUGGCCGUCGAAUUUGGCAGUCUGGAGGAAACUAUUACUGCAUAACAAAGGGUGUGCCACGCUCCUCUGUUCCCCGUCGCAGCAAACCAAGGCGAGUUGAUUUGUACUAUUCAAGUUGGUGCAUUCGUGCAGCUGAAUCAAAGAGAGAUGGGCAGUCGACUGCUUGUGAGGUUCUUCUGUUUCAUUACGAAGACAUGGGCAUACCAUGGGAGAUCGCAAAACUUGGUGUUCGGCAAGGGAUGUGGGGCGCUGUCAAGAAGAUCGACCCUGGCUUGCGUGCCUACCAGAAGCACAGAGCAUCCGGAGCACCACUCUCGCGCUCUGCAACAAUGGCUCAAAUAAACGCUAAAGUUGACAUGGAUGCCUUGGAAGCCCAGGAGAGCACGAGUACUUCUGCAUCAGAGGCCACAGCUCUUGUUUCAGAUGAGAAGCGAUCGCGUAGAGGCAUCUCAAAGGCUCUCGUCGUUGGUGGGGCCCUCGCCCUAGCUUGCUCCAUCGACAGAGGGCUUCUGACGAAAGCUGUUAUUUUUGGCGUUGCGAGAAAGUUUGCAAGAACAGGGCAGAGGUUAUGACGAAUACACGGCUAAUUACAUUCCUCUCUGUGCAAUAAGCAAAGGCUCACACAAAGAAUUCGCAUUCGUUGAAAAUUUGUAGCUGCGAAAUAAAGAGGCAGUUUUCAUUCUUUUUUUGUUUCCUAUCUCCAUGUAGUGAUGAGAUUAUCCUAUAAUUCAUUUACUAUUUUCCAAUAUAUGAUCAAUUUUUUUUUGACA